UGGCGGCGGCGCGCCCUGCCUACCCCUGCCGUAGGGGGAGGUGGCGACGGCGUGCCGUGAUGAUGCACAAAGCGCGCGACGGCCUGGCGGCGGGGCCCGAGGUUUUGAGGGAUGCCCAAGAAAUUCCAGGGAGAGAACAGCAAGUCGGCGGCGGCGCGCGCCCGCAGGGCCGAGGCCAAGGCGGCGGCGGAGGCGCGGCGGCAGCAGGAGCUGGAGGAUGAGCUCUGGAAGGAUGAGGACAAACACGUCCUGAGGAAGGAGCAGAGGAAGGAGGAGCGGGAGAAGCGGCGCCUGGAGCAGCUGGAGCGCCGCAAGGAGCUGCAGCGGCUGCUGGAGGAAGAGGACUCCAAGCUCAAAGGGAAAAGCCCCAAGCAGGGAAAUCCUGGGAAAAUCACCCGGGCCCAGAUCGAGGAGAAUGUCCGCAAGGAGCAGCAGCAGAGGGAAAACGCAGAUGCAGGGGAGAAGGAGAAAUCGCACCUGGAGCUGCCGCUGGAGGAGAACCUGAACCGGCGGCUGCCCGAGGAGGGCUCUGUGGAGGCGCGCAGCAUCGAGGACGCCAUCGCUGCCCUCAGUGUGUCCCAGCCCCUGGAGCGCCACCCUGAGCGCCGCCUUCGCGCCGCCUUCGCCGCCUUCGAGGAGCUGCAGCUGCCGCGCCUGCGGCGGGACAACCCCAACAUGCGGCUGAGCCAGCUGCGCCAGCUGCUCAAGAAGGAGUGGAUGAGGUCCCCUGAGAACCCCCUGAACCAGCGCCACAAACCCUACAACAGCCACCAAUAGCCCUGUGCCUCCCCGGACUGGGAUCCUCACCAGGACCCUUCUACCCCCGCGGGGUUUUGGGGUUUUUUCUCUGUCUCUCCCCACCCGUGGAUUUGGGGCGAGCUCAAGGUUGGACUGAUGCCACCUUCUCGUUCCUGAAAUUCCCUGGGAAAAGCGGCUCUCAAUGGCUCUCAGGUGUCCCUUGGCAUUCCCUCCUUGGAGUUCUGGAGUUGUCACGUGGAAAAUGCUCCUGGGGUGUGAACCUGAAGUGAUUCUAGACCCUGGAUCUCCCCUGGGUGUCCCUGGUCCUGUUUCCUCUGGGACUGGGGUAUCCCUGAAACCCCUGCUCCUGGGAUAUCCAUGAAAUCCCUGCUCCUGUUUCCUUUGGGAUAUCCCUGAAAUCCCUGCUCCCGUUUCUCUGGGAUUGGGAUAUCCCUGAAAUCUCUGCUCCUGUUUCUUUGGGAUUUGGAUGUCUUUGAAAUCCCUUUUCUCAUUUCCUUUGGAUUGGGAUAUCCCUGAAAUUCCUGCUCCCAUUUCCUUUGGGAUUGGGAUAUCCCUGAAAUCCCUGCUCCCAUUUCCUUUGGGAUUGGGAUAUCCCUGCUCCUGUUUCCUUUGGGAUUGGGGCCAUUUUCUUUGGGAUGGGCCUAUCCCCGAAAUCCCUAGUGCCAUUUCCUUUGGGACUGGGGCAGAAGCAUUGGGAAGAGGGAAAAUCCCUCAGGGAGGAGUGGGAAAAGCCUUUCCUGGGGGGGACAGGCACUCCAGGUGACAUUCCCAGUGUCCUCUGGAAUGCUGGAGCCCCAAAUCCACCCAGAGGAGGGAUUCCCAUCCUUUGGGAAUGGAAUUCCUUCCCAGGAAGUGGUCUGGAGGUGCCAUGCAACUUCCCAAGAUCCCAUGGGAUUCAUCCAGGCUCAUCCUUUUCCCUCUUUUUGGGACUGCCCCCGCUGGGCUGGGCACUGUUCCCACAUCCCAGAAUUCCCAAAUCCAGCCAAGGAGGAGUGACACCCCCACCCCCCCUCCUUUGUGUGA